AUGCAGCUAGAUGCCGAGGAGGGAGUGAAGGAAAUUGUUGCUGAUACUAGUAUUGGGAAACCUGGUGUAACAUUUGCUACUGGUGAAACUGGAGUUGCUGAAACUGUUGCAUCUGAGCCUGCAUGGCUCGCAUGCACUGCAUCAAAUCCUCGAGCUGACCUUGGCUGGCCACCAGAGGGAGAAUGUAGAAAAGAAUCCGCAUUGACAGCUGUCUUGCCUAUUAAAAUCAAAACUCAGAAGCAUUUGGAGUUCUUCCAUUUCCAUCUGAGGUUGAGAAAAAGCAGAAGGGAAGGUGAAGGGCCCAUGGAAACAUCAUCCUCCUCGAUCUCGACCUCUUCUGAAUCCGAUGAUUUCUUCUGCUUAUUAGCACAACUCUCAAAUGAAAAUGGUAACAACGAAGUCGUCGACGAUGACCAUAACCAUGACAAUGAGAUGAACCCCAUAGCAGCAGCAGCAAUAUCUGAUGAGAAAUACGCAGAGGAGUUGCAGCUGCAAGAGGUACUUGUAUCGUCCGUCGUUUCAUCGCAUUACUCAUUUGCUGGAAAUGUCGAAUCAUCAUCAUGCACAAUAGUUGAGGAAAAACAAUGUACCAACGAAAACGAAAAUCCAAAACAAAUUGAAGGUGAGUCUUCGGCAAGCUUCUGCGAGAUUUGCAUGGAAACCAAAUCGCAUCAAGAGAUGUUCAGUGGCAUUAACAAGUGCUCACACUCCUUUUGUUCUGACUGCAUAAGCAAACAUGUGGCUGCCAAGGUCGAAGAGAACGUCACCAAGGUUAUCUGCCCCGCCUUCAACUGUAAGGAGGUUUUGGAACCUGAGAGUUGCCGAUCGAUUAUCCCCAACCAAGUGUUUGUUCGGUGGGCAGAUGCUCUUUGUGAGUCUCUGAUUCCUGGACCCCAGAAAUUUUACUGUCCUUUCAGCAACUGUUCCGCUUUGCUGAUGGACGAUGGAGGGGAGAUCAUUAAGGAAUCCGAGUGUCCAAGUUGCCGGAGACUUUUCUGCGCCCAGUGUAAGGUGCCAUGGCAUGGCAACAUCAGUUGCGAGGAGUUUCAGAAACUAAACGAGGAUGAGAGAGGGAGGGAAGAUCUCAAGGUGAUGGCCCUUGCUAAAGAGAAGGCAUGGCAGAGGUGUCCAAUGUGCAAAUUCUACGUCGAGAAGUCGGAUGGUUGCUUGUAUAUGAAAUGCAGGUGUGGAUUUGCUUUCUGUUACAAGUGCGGAACACCAUCAAAAGAUCAUACCUACCAUUACUGUGCUACAUGUAACCGUACUUUCUAG